UCUACUAACUCGUCCAUUGUUCCCUCCUUGGAUGGAGCUCUUUUUGCAUCGUAUUAGGUUUCCGAUAUUAGAAUACUGGGCACCGCAGCAGGUAUUCUGUUUAUCGUCUGUCUUUGAUGUGACUCCACUGCAAAAUGGAUUCGAUGACGUAAAUGGUAUAAAAAUUAUACCUUACAUUCUCCUUGAAGACAUCAAGAUAUUCCCACGAAUCGACUGUUGCGAACUCGCACUUCAUUCGAAUAACCGUCCAUCUCUUUUCGGAUCCGACCUUGGUAAAUGGUCAAAAAUUAACAUACGACACGAUGUGCAUUUGAUCUUCGCCUUCUCGUUUCCAAAAACGGUCGAAUCUUAAAUCGAAUAGUAUCGAGGUGAUAAAAAAAUGGGUCCAUUUAAUUAUUCAAAGCGCAUUAAUUAUGACGCAAAACUUUUCAAUUUCUUUCCGUUCUGAACAUGCAUAGGAAUUUUAUUUAAUUUUUGUUGCUCGA